GGAAGACAAAAAGAGGACAUAAGAAAAAUUCUAAGCAAGGCAUCAACCUAACUAUACAUUUCUGUUUUUUACACUUUGUACUAUUCACAUGUAGAAAAAAACCAUCAUAAAAAAAUCACUAAACUUCAAGCAAAAUGGCAUCAAACAGCUCUUUUAUCUUCCUUCCUGAAACUGAAGCCACCAGCAAAAAUGACAAAAUCACAGUGGAUGUUGAUGCUAUUAUGAACAACAUGACAAUUGUUUUUUACACAAUCACUGUAUUUUUGGGGACUAUUGGAAAUGCGGUGGUCAUCUGGAUGUCCGGAUUCCGUCUAAAAGCCAACGUCACCAAUGUCUGGUUGGUCAACUUGGCUGUAGCAGACCUGAUUUUCUGUUUCACUCGUGUUACUUCAUUGAUUAAGAAACUCUUCUAUGAAUUUUGGCCCUUUGGCUUGUUUCUCUGCAAGUUCAAUGGAUUCUUCAAGUACACCAAUAUGUUCUGCAGUGUUUUCAUCCUGGCCGUCAUUAGUCUGGAUCGGGUAAUUUGUGUUUGGCAACCGGUGUUCAGCAGGCAGCGGAGAACUGUAUGUGCAGCUAGACUCAUCAGCGUUGUGGUUUGGACAGUGGCAGUGAUCUUCAGUGCACCAUAUUAUGUGUACCGACAAGUGUAUAUCGGAAAGAACAACUUAAGCAAGUGCUCCUUGGAGGUGCCACAGUUAUCUGAAGCUGACAACAGAGCUAAGAUGGCCUUGUACAGUAUUCGCUUCUUAUGUGGAUUUUUGUUGCCUUUCCUCAUCAUCCUGACCUGCUAUGUACUAGCUGGUUUAGGGAUACGGCGAACACGGAUCGUUCGCAAAUCACGGCCCCUUCGAAUUCUUGCAGGAUUGGUCUGUGCAUUCUUCCUGUGCUGGGGGCCUUACCACUUUCUCCUAUUGGUCAAAAUGGUGGACAGCAAGAGCCAAGCAGUAAAAGUGGGCCUGCCCAUAGCUAAGGGUAUAGCUUAUUUCAACAGCUGUGUUAACCCAAUUUUGUACUUCUUUAUGGGGCUGGACAAGAGACUGCACUUUAAUCAAAGCCUGUCUCGGGUCUAUGCUAGAGCUCUAGCUGAAGACUUUGAGGUACAAACUUCACAGUCUAAGGAUUGCGCAGGAACAAUGGAUGACACUGCAGAAGCAUUGCAAGAGUCAUAGUGGCAGGGAAGUAGAUGUUUGUAAGAAUGGUUGAAAAAAAGCUACACAGUAAUUGGAAGAAGAAACUAAACAUCAGUUUAUACAUGUUAGUUAUGAUGUUAAUGUACCUUUCAUUUCCAACUUUGUGUACAGUAUUCGCUGAAGUUUAUUGUUUACUAAUUUUAACUAAUGUAUUAAGUAGUAACAGUUAAGAAAACAUUCAUUUAAAGUAUUGCCAAAAACAAGAUUUCAUCAUUAUGUCUAGAAACAAUUGUAAAAUAAAUAAUAACUAGUUUUACAAACAAUUCUUAAUUUAAUUUUUAUUAGGAUAUAUUAUAUCUUGAUAAUGGUCAUGGGCAAGUUUGUCCAAAACAAUAUUUAAAAAAAUAAUAAGAGUGAAUAAGGUUAAAAAUAAGAAGGACACUGAGACUGACAUCAAGGACCCCAUAAAAGGUAUUAUAUAAAGGUUGUUUUCUUGAUUUGAAAUUUAAAUUGAUAUUUAUCCCAGAGGCAACAGUGGCAAGAAAAAUAUUCCCAGACAUGAUAUGAUGAACAAAUCUUCAGAGGAACCAGACUCUAAAGGGAAGCUACAGAGUGUGAUUAAAUAAUUUCUUUAAAACAACUAUACUGUAUCUUGUCAAGUGGAACUUUGUAACCAGGAGCUUUUGAGCAACUUGUACCAGUGCGAUUUCUAAAUUCAUUAAAGUUUUAACAUAAAUUUAAUAAAGUCCUUCCUGCCAAAGCCAGCAAAAUUCAUCAAUGGAGACCCUAAUGUUGCAAUCAGCAGUUCAAAGCCACUGCCAUGGUCAUCCACAGCAGUACCAUAAAUAUGCAGGUAGUCCACUUGGGGAUGUCCUCAGCAGUGCACUUCGAUAGAUCCCAACCAAAAGUAGGGCAUCAGGAUGGAUCAAGCAGUGUAGCUUAACAGAGAAAGAGCAAGAGAGAGAGAGAGAAUUUUGAAUGUCGUUUAUUUUAACAAUCUAUGCAUUAGAUUUGUCAGCAUUUUUAAACAUCUACAUAUGAAUGUAGACAAAUAAUUACAUAAAUAAAUGAAUAGAUAAAUAAAUAAAGUAAUAAAUAAACAUGU